AGCGAAGCGCCCUCCCCCUAGCGUCCCAGACAGCGGAGGGAGUCGCCGCCUACCGCCGCCGCCGCAGGGCCCGCCGCUGGGAUGCCGAGCGCCCGCGCCGCCGCUGCCUCUGUCCUCCGCGCGCUGCUCAGCUGAAGGCGCACAGGAUUCAAUUACUGGACUUGUCAACUCUGCCAGUGUACGUGCCAUUUCUCUUCCACUAUGAGAGGAUCGAUUGUAUUGCAUAUUUGUCUGGCUUUCUGUAGCCUUCUGCUUUUCAACGUUGCCACACAAUGUCUGGCCUUCCCCAAAAUAGAAAGGAGGAGGGAGAUAGCACAUGUUCAUGCGGAAAAAGGGCAGUCCGAUAAGAUGAACACCGAUGACCUAGAAAAUAGCUCCGUUACCUCAAAGCAGACUCCCCAACUGGUGGUCUCUGAAGAUCCAAUGAUGAUGUCAGCAGGACCAUCGGCAACAUCAUUAAAUAAAGCAUUCUCGAUUAACAAAGAAACCCAGCCUGGACAAGCUGGGCUCAUGCAAACUGAACGCCCUGGUGUUUCCACUGCUACUGAGUCAGGUGUCCCCUCAGCUGAAGAAGUAUUUGGUUCCAGCCAGCCAGAGAGAAUAUCUCCUGAAAGUGGACUUGCCAAGGCCAUGUUAACCAUUGCUAUCACUGUGACUCCUUCUCUGACUGUUGAUGAAAAGGAGGAACUCCUUACAAGCACUAACUUUCAGCCCAUUGUGGAAGAGAUCACAGAAACCACAAAAGGUUUUCUGAAGUAUAUGGAUAAUCAAUCAUUUGCAACUGAAAGUCAGGAAGGAGUUGGUUUGGGACAUUCACCUUCAUCCUAUGUGAAUACUAAGGAAAUGCUAACCACCAAUCCAAAGACUGAGAAAUUUGAAGCAGGCACAGACCACAGGACAACUUCUUUUCCUGGUGCUGAGUCCACAGCAGGCAGUGAGCCUGGAAGCCUCACCCCUGAUAAGGAGAAGCCUUCACAGAUGACAGCUGAUAACACCCAGGCUGCUGCCACCAAGCAACCACUCGAAACUUCCGAGUACACCCUGAGUGUUGAGCCAGAAACUGAUAGUCUGCUGGGAGCCCCAGAAGUCACAGUGAGUGUCAGCACAGCUGUUCCAGCUGCCUCUGCCUUAAGUGAUGAGUGGGAUGACACCAAAUUAGAGAGUGUAAGCCGGAUAAGGACCCCCAAGCUUGGAGACAAUGAAGAGACUCAGGUGAGAACGGAGAUGUCUCAGACAGCACAAGUAAGCCAUGAGGGUAUGGAAGGAGGCCAGCCUUGGACAGAGGCUGCACAGGUGGCUCUGGGGCUGCCUGAAGGGGAAACACACAUGGGCACAGCCCUGCUAAUAGCGCAUGGGAAUGAGAGAUCACCUGCUUUCACCGAUCAAAGUUCCUUUACCCCCACAAGUCUGAUGGAAGACAUGAAAGUUUCCAUUGUGAACUUGCUCCAAAGUACGAGAGACUUCACGGAAUCCACCAAGGAAAACGAUACCCUGUUUUUCUUAGAAACCACUGUUUCUGUCUCUGAAUAUGAGUCUGAGGCAGACCAACUGUUGGGAAAUACAAUGAAAGACAUCAUCACUCAAGAGAUGACAACAGCUGUUCAAGAGCCAGAUGCCACUUUAUCCAUGGUGACACAAGAGCAGGUUGCUACCCUCGAGCUUAUCAGAGACAGUGGCAAGACUGAGGAAGAAAAGGAGGACCCCUCUCCUGUGUCUGACGUUCCUGGUGUUACUCAGCUGUCAAGAAGAUGGGAGCCUCUGGCCACUACAAUUUCAACUACAGUCGUCCCUUUGUCUUUUGAAGUUACUCCCACUGUGGAAGAACAAAUGGACACAGUCACAGGGCCAAAUGAGGAGUUCACACCAGUUCUGGGAUCUCCAGUGACACCCCCUGGAAUAAUGGUGGGGGAACCCAGCAUUUCCCCUGCACUUCCUGCUUUGGAGGCAUCCUCUGAGAGAAGAACUGUUGUUCCAUCUAUUACUCGCGUUAAUACAGCUGCCUCAUAUGGCCUGGACCAACUUGAAUCUGAAGAGACGGGGUUUCACCAUGUUGCCCAGGCUCGUCUCAAACUCCUGGGCUUAAGAAGUCUUCCUGCCUCGGCCUCCCAAAGUGUUGGAAUUACAAGUGUGAACUCCUGCACCCAGCCAAGAAAAUAUUUAAACAGCUGCCUGAAAUGGAAAUUGAAUCCAAAACAUUUUGCCACUGGUGUUUGAAGUGGACUAUCUUGUCUCAAGCCUUUUUAUUUUCUCAUGAAUGUACCUUCUAAAUAUUGUUAAGGCUACAAUGGAGGAAAUUUUAAAUUAUUAUAUUUACUAUUUUACAGUGAGUGGAAAAUUUGAAAUUUAGUAAAAAGUUUUCAAGAAAUUUUUAUAGAUUAAUAAUGGAGUUUAAAAAGUCAUGGCGAUGAGGCAUUUAACAAGGAGAGAACUGAAUAAAUUAACAGACAUGUUUAAGGUAAUGUCUGUUUUUUUCUUUCAACUUUUAGGUUUGUGGGUACAUGUACAGGUUUGUUACAUGGGUAAAUUGUGUGUCACUGGGGUUUGGUAUAUGAAUGAUCCCAUCACUCAGGUAGUGAGCAUAGUACUCGAUAGUUUGUUUUUCACUCCUCUUCCUCCUUCCACCCUCCACCCUCAAGUAGGCCCCAGUGUCUGUUGUUCCAUUCUUUGAGUUCAUAUUUACUCAGUGUUUAGCUCCCACUUACAAGUGAGAGCAUGUGAUGCUUGGUUUUCUGUUCCUGUGUUAAUUCACUUAGUUUGAUGGCCUCUAGGUGCAUCCAUAUUAUGGCAUAGGAAAUGAUUUUUUAUGGCUGCGUAGUAUUCCAUGGUGUGUAUGUAUCACAUUUUCGUUAGUCUACCAUUGUUGGGCAUCUUGGUUGAUUACCUGCCUUUGCUAUUUUGAAUGGUGCUGCUAUGGACAUAUGAGUGCAUGUUUUUUUGGUAGAAUUAUUUGUUUUUUUAGGUGUAUACCCAGAAAUGGGAUUGCUGAAUCAAAUGGUAGUUCUGUUUUAAGUUCUUUGAGAAAUCUCCAAACUGCUUUCCACAGGGGCUGAAUUAAUUUGCAUUCCCAUCCACAGUGUACAAGCAUUCCCUUUUUUCUAUAACCUCAACAGCGUCUGUUAUGUUUUGACUUCUAAUAAUAACCAUUCUGACUGGUGUGAGAUGACAUCUCAUUGUGGUUUUGAUUUGCAUUUCUCUAAUGAUUAGUGAUGUUGAGAAUUUUUUCAUAAGUCUUCUUUUGAGAAGUGUUUGUUCAUGUUCUUUGCACAUUUUUAAUGGAGUUGUUUGUAUUUUGCUUGUUGAAUUGUUUAAAUUUCUCAUAGAUUCUGGAUAUUAAACAUUUGUUGAAUGGAUAGUUUGUGAAUAUUUUCUCCCAUUCUGUUGGUUGUCUGUUUACCCCCUUGAUAGUUUCUUUUGCUGUGCAAAAGCUCUUAAGUUUAAUUAGGUCCCACUCAUUAAUUUUUAUUUUUGUUGCAAAUGCUUUUGGGGACUUAGUCAUAAAUUCUUUGCCAAGGCCAAUGUCCAGAAUGGUUUUUUCUAGAUUUUCUUCUAGGAUUUUUAUAGUUUUAUGUCUUACAUUUAAGUCUUUAAUCCAUCUUGAGUUAAUUUUUGUACAUAGUGAAAGUUAGGGGGCCGGUUUCAAUCUUCUGCAUUUGGCUAGCCAGCUAUCCCAGCAUCAUUUAUUGACUAGUGAGUCCUUUCUCCAUUGCUUGUUAUUGUUGACUUUAUUGAAGAUCAGAUGGUUGUAGGUGUGCAGCUUUAUUUCUUGGUUCUCUAUUAGAAGGUAAUAUUUAAUAAUAACAUUUCAGAUUUGAUCUAAUUUUAAAAUAUACCCAGAUUACAGAUUCUCUUAUGAGUAUUUGAAAUUGGAGAAUUUAAAAAUGGAGUUUGAAAAACAAAUAAAAACUCUCACUC